AUGGCCCUCAGUAUCCGGCAGAAGAGGGUGCGCGAGGGGUAUUUCGGUUUCAUCAUAGUCGAUCCAGUGUUAGAAAUCAAGGACAAAGUUACGAAGAAUGCCAUUAGUGGGGAGACCUUUGUCUUUGAGUGCAAGGCCUAUGGCUUCCCCACACCAGUUGCCCAUUUCCUCAAUGGUUCGAAACCAAUCGCUGACAGCCCAAGAGUUACCUUCAAGUCUAUCAAUGAGAGUGACAAAACUGUGACGAUAAAUGGUACAAUUAGAAUCCAGCCAGUUGAGUAUGGAGAUGCCGGCAAGUACACUUGCUUCUUCGAUACUCCUGAAAAAUCCAAAGUCGAAUUUGAAAUCAAUGUCAAGGAUAAGUUUGCAGCUAUGUGGCCAUUUUUGGGCAUCUGCGCUGAGGUAGCUAUCCUGUGCAUCAUCAUCUUCAUCUACGAAAAGAGGAGAAGCAAGAAGGAAGCAGCUAAGGAAGCAGCUGCUGCUCCAGAGGAAGUUGACAAGUUGUUAGUGUCGCCGCUUUCCUUGUUCGUUGUGUGCGAUGUCGUUGCUCUUUACGUCAUAACUUUGUGA